AUGGCCUCGCCCUGCCGGAGCGAGCUGUACGCCCUGGCGGAGAUGGACGGGCCCGCCCAGCAGCUGCACGAGCUGUACCAGCGCAUCCUGGCGCCGCUGUCCCUCUUUCCCGCCGCGCACAGCCGGGUGCGGGCCUCGCUCCCCGAGCGGGCCGGCUCCGCCGCCGCCUCGGCCCAGAAGCCGGUGCCCGUGCCCAUGUCCCUCACGGCCCUGCUGCAGAUGGUGAAAGCGCGCAUGCAGCUGGGCCCCGGGCCCCCCGAGCAGCAGCAGCAGCGCCUCUUCCGCGAGAUCAUCCUGACCGAGGUCCGGCGCGUCUUCAAGGACGUCCAGCGCUCGCUGCCCGACCCGGCCUUCGGCGCCCAGACCAACCGCGAGCUCUACCAGCGCCUGAUCGUCUACAUCGGCCUGGUGUGCCAGCACCUCUUCCUCCACUACUUGCGCCUCAUCGAGCACCACCGCACGCUGUCCGUCUACACGGACUGCGCCAACCUCACCCGCUUUUCCGCCCAGCUCUCCCUGGAGUGCUCCAGCUUCCUCAAUGUGGCCGCUGUCCGACACCGCCUCAUCAUGGAGAUGAAGACGCUGCAGAACCGUCAGCCCGAGUCCCCCACAAAACCGCUGAGCCUGCCAGGGCAGAGGUCCGCGCACAACCUUGGGUGCCGCCUGGGUUUCAGCAUCAACUACUUUAUCCGUCUUAGCAGACCUCACGUGCCAACGCUGAAACAGAAGAUAGCCAGGGACAUCAAAGAGCUCGAGGAGCUCCCCUUGUUAGACAUGAAGAAAAUUAAACAGCUAAAUCUACCCACGGUGCGGAAGAGUACUUUCUUGGGACAGAUGCCCUGUGCCGCAGUCACAACACCUUGUCCGCUUACUGCUGGCUCUAAAGAGAAGACUAAGCCACAACAGGCAAAGUCGGCUUCUUCCACCUUUUUCAAGAGGAGCCAGUCACUGCCCAAUAUGAGAGUUGGGCGGCUCCUAGCCGACGAGCUGGGAAUCCAUUUGCCACCCCGCCGACUCAGCCCUGAUCUGCCAUGUCACUUCAAGGACACCACUGAAGAUGGGGAAGUGAAAGGGCUAGUGAGCCUGGCUGAGGACCUUCGAAGGCUGGUGCAGGGCUCUGUUGUGAAGAGCACCCAGUGGGAAGCUGAGCAGGACGAGAGUUUGGAGCUCCCUCCCCUCAUUAAAGCCUUGACCUGGCGCAAGGCUAACGAGGUCCGCCAAGAGCAGCUCCAGAGAAUGCUUAACUCCCUGCACAGGGAGGAAUUUUAUGAGAGGCAGCGGAGAAACACCAUUGUUGCUGCCCCCGCUUCCCACCCUCAGGCUGCAACAGUAAAUGUCACAGUCCAUGAUAAGAUGGUUGUGAAGGUAGGGGAUUUGCAGGUGUCCGAAAGAAUCUACAUUGAAGAGGUUGCCAUGCAGACAUACCCACCGAUUUACAACCAUCUCUUGGGGGAGAUAAGCACUGCCACCAUGAAAUCCCUAGAUGCCAAUCUUUCCACGGGGGAAGAGGUCAGGGAGAUGUACAAGGAACUGAUGAAUACCAUCCCGAAAGACCACCUGAAGUUCGACCUGGGACCCUUAACAGAACCCUCUGCAACUAACCUAGAUCUGUCUGCAUGCUUUGCUUCUUCAACGCUGACCAGAAAAAAAAGCGAGCGGGUGAUUAACGAAGAGCUGAACAAAAUCCUACCCACUGGACCCUACAGCUUCGAGGAAGUGAUAGACACACCACAGACCCCCAACCUACCCUUCAAGAAGAGGAGAGCUAAAAAGGAAUUUGCCUCUUGGCUUAGGUGGUGGAAAGCAUCGUUCAAUACUGACAAUUAUCUGAAAUACCUGGGCACCAAGGAAUCUGAUUAUUUACCGGUAAUAUUUCAUUUGUAUGACUUUGGGGAAGAGGAGGAAGAGGGGCAGCCCGUCUUAGACAAGCAGGAACUCAAGAAGCAGGAAGAGGAGAAGAAGGAAGCCAUCAGGCAGGCCACGGAGCUUCAAGCCACCAAGGAAGAGUUCCACACCGGGAAGUGGAAUACCGACAGUGUCAUGAAGGGAGGCCUGGGAACCUUCCUUUUGUUUGACCACACGGCCGAGGAUCUCAGUGCCAUGCAGAGAAGGCUGGAGAGGCUGUGGACUGUUCUCCACUAUUCAGAAGGAGAAAGGCUGGAUAUGGCAAUCAAGUACAGCUCCAGUCAGUACUAUUUGCUGCUCCCAGAUAUUCUUGAGGCUUGGGAGGAGGCAGCCCGAUUGAUCCAGGACCGGGAGCUCCUGCUGGCUGAGCUGGAACAGUUUGAGCAAACGGCUUCAGAUCCAAACCGCUUGUUUGACAGGGACCCCGAGUUUUUCAUGUUGAGAAAGCAGGAAGCCAAAACCAGAAGCCGCCUGCACUCCGAGCUGGCCCAGUACAACUCUGAGCUUUCUGUGAUCCUGAACUACAUCAAAGAGACGUUCAAUGACACGGUCCGGUUCCGUGGACGCCCAUACUUGGAGAAGAUGGACUGGGAUACAGUGGAGAUGCUGUACUGGCUGCAACAGGAGCGCCGGGCGAGCGCCUUAAGGAAAGACAUCUGCACAGGGGGCCAGAGAAAGAAACUCCCUCCCAUUUACUGCCCUUCAGCAGCUCUUCAGGAUGGCACUCAUGACGACAUUCCUCAGAUCCUGAAUCUGCGCUCCUUCUCAGCCAACCCAAAGGCAGAGGGGCAUGGCAUCAGCACCAGUUGAUUUAAUGGCAGUUCUUGUAACAUGAGGAAUUCAAGGUGCUUUUGCUGAGGUUUGAAGAGCACGGACUUCCUGUGGAGCAGCAGGCCUCUGGCCAAGGGUGCAGAGGCUGUAGCAUACGCAGACAACUGGCAAGACUGCAACUGUCGGUCGUCCGGGCCAUUCCGUGUUGCAAAGGAUCUUGUGAGAUUCGCCUUACUCACAAAUAUAUUGCUUCUGCUAUCCUUUAAUUAAAACUAACAAAAAAUCGUA